UUACACCGGCGGCCAUGCGGCCAGGUUCUUUCCGCGGGACGGGGAGAAAGAGAGAGCGUGAAAGAGAGAGGAUGUCUCUCUCAGAUUGGCACCUGGCGGUGAAACUGGCUGACCAGCCACUUGCCACAAAGUCUAUUCUUCGGUUGCCAGAGACAGAGCUGGGAGAAUACUCACUUGGGGGUUAUAGUAUUUCAUUUCUGAAGCAGCUUAUUGCUGGCAAACUCCAGGAGUCAGUUCCAGACCCUGAGCUGAUUGAUCUGAUCUACUGUGGCCGGAAGCUAAAAGAUGACCAGACCCUUGACUUCUAUGGCAUUCAACCUGGGUCCACAGUCCAUGUUCUUCGCAAGUCCUGGCCAGAGCCUGAUCAGAAACCAGAACCUGUGGACAAAGUGGCUGCCCUGCGGGAGUUCCGGGUGCUGCACACUGCCUUGCACAGCAGCUCUUCCUACAGGGAGGCGGUGAGUUUAAUGAAUAUGAUUACAGCCAAAGGAUCCGCAUAUGGUUUCUCCUGGGCCUCAUUCUUGGAAAGCAGCACACCCAGCUCCCGCCCAGCGUCCUUGGGGUACAGUGGAGCUGCCGGACCCCGGCCCAUCACCCAGAGCGAGCUGGCCACUGCCCUGGCCCUGACCAGCACUGCAGAGAGCAGCUCUCAUACACCGACUCCUGGCACCCAGAGCCAUUCCUUGGGGACCUCACCACUGUCCUCUGGUGUCCAGUCAGGGACUCCCAUCACCAAUGACCUCUUCAGCCAAGCCCUGCAGCAUGCCCUGCAGGCCUCUGGGCAGCCCAGCCUUCAGAGCCAGUGGCAGCCCCAGCUGCAGCAGCUGCGUGACAUGGGCAUUCAGGACGAUGAACUGAGCCUGCGGGCCCUACAGGCCACUGGGGGGGACAUCCAAGCAGCUCUGGAACUCAUCUUUGCCGGAGGAGCCCCAUGAACUCCUCCUUAACCCCCAACAAACUACCAAGGUGGCUGUCCAUGGGAGGCACUCCUGGAAGCGCCCCAUCUCUCCUUUCCUUAAUACACCUGAUGGUUGAAAAAAAAAA